AUGCACCCUCAGCAGUUGGUUGUCUCCUGGUUUUCCCUGGUUUUGCUGGCAUCUCCCAUCACGGCUAUAUGGGAACUGGAGAAAAAUGUUUAUGUUGUAGAAUUGGAUUGGUAUCCUGACUCCCCUGGAGAAAUGGUGGUCCUCACCUGCGAUACCCCUGAAGAAAACGGCAUCACCUGGACCUCAGACCAGAGCAAUGAGGUCUUGGGUUCUGGCAAAACCUUGACCAUCCAAGUCAAAGAGUUUGGAGAUGCUGGGCAGUACACCUGUCACAAAGGAGGCAAGGUUCUGAGCCAUUCGCUCCUCCUGCUUCACAAAAAGGAAGAUGGAAUUUGGUCCACUGAUAUCUUAAAGGACCAGAAAGAACCCAAAAAUAAGAGCUUUCUAAAAUGUGAGGCAAAGAAUUAUUCCGGACAUUUCACCUGCUGGUGGCUGACAGCAAUCAGUACUGAUUUGAAAUUCAGUGUCAAAAGCAGCACAGGCUCCUCUGAGCCCCGAGAGGUGACGUGUGGAGCAGCGACGCUCUCAGCAGAGAGGGUCAGAGUGGACCACAGGGAGUAUAAGAAGUACACAGUGGAGUGUCAGGAGGGCAGCGCCUGCCCAGCCGCCGAAGAGAGCCUGCCCAUUGAGGUCGUGGUGGAAGCUGUUCACAAGCUCAAGUAUGAAAACUACACCAGCAGCUUCUUCAUCAGGGACAUCAUCAAACCAGACCCACCCAAGAACCUGCAGCUGAAGCCAUUAAAGAAUUCCCGGCAUGUGGAGGUCAGCUGGGAGUACCCUGACACCUGGAGCACCCCACAUUCCUACUUCUCCCUGACAUUUUGUGUUCAGGUCCAGGGCAAGAACAAGAGAGAAAGGAAAGAUAAACUCUUCAUGGACAAAACCUCAGCCAAGGUCACGUGCCACAAAGAUGCCAACGUCCGCGUGCAAGCCCGGGACCGCUACUACAGCUCAUCCUGGAGCGAAUGGGCAUCUGUAUCCUGCAGUUAG